AUGCACACGGUCGCAAGGUUUCCAAGUGGCGAGUGCUUACCCAAGUGGCUUUCAGCAUCCAUCAUCCUAUUGCAAUUGGUGGCUUGUCUGGAUUGCUCAUCUUGUAGUGGCCACAGUUGGCUACGUUGGAUUGCGCACUCGAGACCUGCGCCUCCUAAUACCUGUGCGUAG